AUGGACUACAAAAAUAAAAGCUACUUCUAAGUACCUGGUGAAGCAGAUAGGAAAAAUGCAAUUGGAUCAUUAGCAGGAGUUCCUAUUAAAAUAAAAAAAGCAAUUUAGGCAAUUUAAAAUGAAUUUCAAAAAAUAGACGCACCUUAAUAGGGAGAUUGGCUUUGGGACCAUGAAGAACUUGGAUAGCCUUAUGAAUAAUAUGUAUCGACUUUUGAAAAGAGAAUUUUUAAUAAGGAAAACUCCAAUACAAUUUAUAUCCAACCGCUUGAAUAAAAUAUGGGAUUUAACAAAGAUUUAAAAAAAUUUUGUAAGGCUUUUUUUAAAGACUGCAGAGUGAAAGUUAGAUAGCCAAUAAUCAUACAGGAUAUCCCGGCUGUAUAGAGAAGAAUAAAUGAAUAUACAUAAAAGCUGUAACUAAACACAAAGGAUAUUUUAAAUUACUUAAAGACAAGACUACCAAAAGAUGCAGUCUGUAUGAUUGGUAUAACAAAUACAGAUCUAUACCCAAAAGAUGAAUGGAAUUUUGUAUUUGGUCAGGCUUCGCUUAUUCAUGGAGUAGGCGUAUUUUCAUUUGCUAGGUAUUUAUAUAAAAGCAAUGAUAUUCUAUCAAACACUUUAGAAGAUUAAGAUACAAUCAUUUAUAGGGCUUGUAAAAUUAUGGUUCAUGAGAUAUCACACAUGUUUGGAUUAAGACAUUGUAUAUAUUUUAAGUGUGUAAUGAACGGGUGCAAUCACUAAGAGGAAAGUUAUAAAUCUCCUUUAGAGUUAUGUGUAAUUUGCUUAAGAAAACUUCAAAAUAAUAUUGGUUUCUCAAUCAUAGAGAGAUAUGAAGAUUUAAUUGAGUUUUCUUAAGACAGACCAUAUUUUUCAGAAAUCGAUGUGCCUAUCUAUGAGAAAUUGAAAAAUUUAAUAAAGACUGCCUACGGUCCACAUUACUAAAAAUGA